UUGCGUGCGGGUCGUUGCCGCGAUGCUCGUGUGAAACAUCGCGAAACAACCGACAGUUUUUGCAAAUUUAAAAACAAAUAAUGAAAUAAUAACAGUGACUUUAGCAUUGCUAGUGUACUUAGAUAUGCGUGUAGUUUAGUUAGAUAUUCUGGAUACCUAAUUUUUAAAUCUAAGCAUCAAAAUGACUAAAAGCUUUUAUUUAAGCACCCUUAUAUUCCGGGUGGUUCUCCCCAUUACUAUGUGGUCAUGUGUCGUCUUUCGACCAUGUCUGCUAUCCGGGAUUUAUCUGCUCCUGUCUUGUUACCUGCCUUUUGUCCCUGUGCCAAAGGCCUCCACCAUGAAAGGCCACACGGGCAUCUUCCUCAAACUGUUCAUAGCCAUCGCAGUACUGAACACCCUGCUCCAAAUCACCUUCCAGAUCCUGCUCGUCGUUCUACGACCGUACGGAUUCAUCCUGGAGAACUGCGACUUCCUGGAAAAGGUGUUGCGUCACGUGGGCUUCGUACGGAUGAACCACAUCUCGGCGCCGGCCGCCACGGCCUGGCUGUCGCCCGAAAUCCUGAUGCUGAUCACCUCGAUAGCCGGGUUCCUGGUGCUCAGGAAGCUGACGUCCGAAUCGGACGUCGAGCAGGACGAGAACGUGCAGGAGCGGAGGACCACGCACAAGAAAGCGAAGCUGAAAUUCAUGAUCUACAUGGUGUCCAUAGGACGGUACGUCGUCCUGUUCACCAUGUACUUGGCCGCCGUGCUCAGGCCUUCGGUUCAGGGCGGCCUCUAUUUCUUCGUGUUCCUGUGCGCCGCCACCCAUUGGGCCUGCUACAAGAAGCUGAGCAAGAAGUUCGCCAUCAUACUGCGAUGCUUGGCCGUCCUGGUGUUCGUGCAUCUCGCCGUUUUCUUUGCGUAUCAAACGCAGUGGCCUCAGGAAUAUUUAGAGCCCAACAGCACAUAUGCUAGAUACUUCGCACUAACGCCGUUGUACAGUUACAACUGUUCGGAUCCUAGGGAGUUUAUAUUUAAUCCAGUUGAAUGGGAUUAUAUUUUAAACCCUUUUGCCAUUUACGCCUUUUUUUACUUCAUGAUUCUUUUAUCAAAGGGACUAAUGAAACCAGAGGUUAAAGCCGCUCGUAUUAUUAUUAAUUUUAAUCGAAGACCCGCCAUUAAGACCAAGUAUUACCCCAGCGAAACCUCGCCAUUGAUACGUAAUGUAAGUCCCAGACACAACUCCCGCAGGAUAAUACAAGACUCAACGGGAAGCGUCACAAUCACCGGUGAUAAUCAGGAGGAGAUUCCGAUGGACGUUCUGGGUAAGGGUACUACAGAACCAGAAUACAAACCAACACUUCUCGAGAACAUUUUCGACGCCUUCGGACAAGUCCUGCAAGUAAUCAUCAAUUCCUCGUACAUCGCAACGAACAUUAUAAUGAUGACGUGGAGCAUAACGUACUUAAGCUGGAUCACCUUCGUGCUGCUAAUUUGGGCGAAUGUCCUGUGGCUAAUCCCAAACCAGAGAAAGAGCAUGCUGCGCUCCAGCCCAUUCCUCGUCUUCUACGCCUGGUUCCUUCUCAUCUCCGCCUAUAUAUACUCCAUGAAUCUAACCGAAGAGGAGCUGCCGUCCAUCAUCAAAGGCAUCAACAUGAAGCAGAUCGGCUUCGUUAAAGUCCAACACUUGCCCUGCAAUCCGUUGCUGGUCAAGUGUCUGUUCACGGCGAUGUUUUGGAUCACGCUCAGGCAGUAUAUGCAUGAGAGGUUCACGGAGAGGCAGAGCAGUGCGCUGGCCGACAUGGUCGCACCGCUGCAGGUCACAGUCGGCACAGCUACCGGUGUCAACACUGAGCAACCGAAGACUAUGAAGAUGAUGGACAAAAUUGGAGCCCAACUGAGCACAUUACUGACUAAAUUCUUUAUAUGGGUUGUUGCCAUUACUUUGUUUGCUGUAGCCAUCACUGGCGAAAGGAUGACUGUCUUCAGGAUUAUCUACAUGGCCCUUUUCCUGUUCUUCAUCCUGUCUUUCCAGAUCUCGUUCCGCCUGUGGAGAAAAAUGAUGUUCGCCUUCUGGCUCACUGUAAUCGUCUACUCCAUGAUAAUUUUGGUCAUGGUGUACACCUACCAGUUCGACAACUUCCCAGAGUAUUGGGAACAGUAUCUGCACGUGCCCAAACAACAGCAGUUGGAUAUCGGUCUGGAGAUAUUCGAAACCAGGCAGCUGUUCGUGCGCCUGGUUACGCCUACUUUCUUCGUCAUUAUCACCGUCAUCCAGCUCCAUUACUUCCACAAGGACUUCAUGAUGUUGUCGAACCCACGGAACUCUAUCAACAUUGGUGUAGAUCUGGACGAGAGCUCUUUGCAGGGUGGUGCGGGGGCCAUAAGUGAACGUACCGCUUCACCCAUAUUCUCCGAGAAGAAUGCUCCGAAGAAAUCAAGGUUAACUUUGGAGAACUUAUCGGAAGCCAUAGAUGUGCUGUUCGUGUUCAUGGAGAUCCAUAUGCCGAAGAUUGUAAUUUUUAUGGCGAUGCUCUUGUGUGUUUACGACAAAUGCGCCCUGUACCUUCUGGUUAUAGUGCUCAUAGUCUUGGCACUCACUUUCGGCAGGCCCAUGAUGGUAAUUUCGAUCUUCGCCACUUCCUGUUUUGCUUCAGUCCUGCUUUUGUCCAGAAUGAUAUAUCAAAUCCAAUACAUUGAACCAGACGUUUGGAACGUAACCUGUCCGCCCUUAGGUAACAGCACUGGAAAUGGCACGUCAGCGAACAACGCCCCUUGGCUUGGUUUCGUUAAGUCAAGCUCAGAGAAGUCGCUUCCUUCCAUUGUCAAAUGGAAUAUCAUUUACAUUCUGAUGGUGACCCUUUGGUCUGUCAUUAUAGUCAGACAAUACAACCAUCGCAUUUCCAAAGGUCAACCGCCCACGAGGGCCUACUUUGUGUUCCCUAAUAUUACUAGGGAUGUAGCGGAGAAGAGUUUGCGUAACUUCGUGAAAUAUUUGGCCAAUUAUAUGUUCUUUAAAUUCGGGGUGGAGCUGUCUCUAAUGGCAACUGUUGGUUUAAUCGGCACCAGAAUGGAUUUCUACGCACUGCUCUACAGUUUCUGGCUACUCAUUCUUAUGUGUUGCUUAAAAGUCAGCCGUGCAACACUGUCGCGAGUCUGGAAUCUAUAUUUAAUAUUUAUAGCUGUACUGUUGCCAAUACAGUAUGUGAUGGUUGUAGGCAUACCUCCAACAUUAUGUGUAGAUUAUCCUUGGGAUCACUCCGAAACGUUGAUUCGUCUACAAGAGUGGGCGUAUCUAAUGGAUGACACCUACCCUCCAUCACCCAAAAAGCUGAUCUGCGACUUCGUAGUGCUGCUCCUCGUUUCGCGACAGGCGUUGGUCUUCCGCAUCGAAAAACGACACGCCGGCAAAAGAUACGCCGGUGGCUCGAACGAGAGCAUCAUCCAUCUGGCUGAAGACAGUAGCUUCAGCAAUCCGGUACCGGAUUUCAUCACGUACGUCAGAAGUUACCUGGACAUCGUCAAGCGGGUCGUCCUGCCUAGUUUCCUGUGGAUCACGAUGGCGGUCAUGUUCUUGGCCGGCACCAACAGAGUGAACAUCUUCUCCAUCGGUUACCUGUUGGGGGCGUUCAUCUUCCUGUGGCAGGGAUCCGAUCUCUACCUCAAACCGAUACCGAAAAUACUUAAGUCCUGGGACAUGCUCAUAUUCUACAACGUUGUCUCCAUCCUGGUAAAAGUGGCGCUACAAAUAGUCGGAUGUGUGUACAUUCACACGUUCGACAACAACACCUGCUGGAUGGUGCAGCUGUUCGGCGUCGGAUGCGUGCGCAAGUUCGGCAACUUCGUCGAGAUGUCGGGCAUUCAGGAUCCGGAGGAGUGCAAGGUGCCGCGGGAGUUCGUCGGCCUGGUCUGGGACGGGAUAUGUUUCGGAUUCUUGAUCACGCAGCGGCGCAUCUUCCAGAGCUACAACUUCUUCCAUAUGAUCGAUGAAAUAAAGGCGGUGACUAUUUUGGCGUCGAGAGGCGCUGAUCUGAUAGAAGAGCUACGACAGGAACGGAUUCAGGAGCAGGAGGAGCUCGAGAGGAAGGUUCUGGAGAAGAUCAAGACCAAAAUGGAUAGGAUUAAAGCUACACAACAAAAGUUACAGGAUAAUGUUUACCAGGACAGCAAGAACCACUUCGUCGAUACAGUAUUUCAAAACAGGCCGAGGCGCAGGAGGGCAACCCCAAAAACCUACAAACAGGCGGUGAGAUCUGGAGACUACUACAUGUUUGAUGACCUGGAGGAUGAAGAUUUGGAUGUGGAACAAGAAGAACUGCCUUUGGACAUGGAUGACCCAGCUAACAAGAACUUGAAACCAGCUUUGGGCGAGAUCAAAGAACUGGAAAAAGAAGAGAAACAACUCGAACCCCAAGCCAGCACCAGCAAAGACGAUGAAAUAAGCGAACUGACUGAACCACCACCACAACCUACAUUGCGUGACAGACUGUUACGCUACGCCAAAUUGUGUUGGAUGUACGUCGAAGGUGCUAUGGUGAGCGUGACCAACUUCCUCAACAGAUACUCGAAGGAUUACCGGUAUAUCAUAAGAGUUUUGUCCAAGGAGAAGAAAAUUUUGAAGGAGAAAACCACUUACACCGUUGGCAACAGAGUGGGAUCAGCACAAAUUUGGCAACCGGCAGGAUCUUAUCACAGUCUCCUGCGUCAGGCAGAGAACUCGAAUGAACGCGUGUCCGUAUUGUAUUCGGAAUUUGAGGAAGGUGAGAUGUCGUCGUACGACCAGCCCCCGAUCGCCCGCCUGUGCUUAGCCAUCUGGUACAUCGUGAUGAGCAGGACGGAACUGUUGUGCUACUUCUUCAUUUUCCUCAACCAGAUCAAGUCGGCAACCUUCCUGUCGUUACCCUUGCCCUUGAUGGUGUUCUUCUGGGGCAGUCUGACCGUGCCCAGGCCAUCGAAGACCUUCUGGGUCACCAUCAUCGCCUACACUGAGAUCAUUGUGUUUGUGAAGUGCAUGUUCCAAUUCGACAUAAUCCCGUGGAACCAGAAUGUGGGCGUCAUAAGCAAUCCGUUCUAUCCACCAAAAAUAAUCGGUAUCGAGAGGAAAAAGGCUUACGCCGUGUGGGAUCUGUUGCUGUUGCUCGUGGUGUUCUUCCACCGGGUGAUGUUGAAGUCCAUGGGAUUGUGGAAGUCGAUAGUACCGGUUCCAGCGGUUUUGAUUUCAGAAGGGGAAUACAAAUUGGAAGAUGGUACUUUGGUGCCGGUAAAUGCUGCGUCGAAGAGGUUAGAUUUACAUCGUUUAGUAGGCAAGUUUAAAACGUUGAAUUUCAGUUCCGAGGAGGCGGAUAGAACGGAACGGGACGAAGCCGAAAGACGGGACGGAGAAGACAGUACCAUUGUUCCGGCGGAUGAUGAGGAACUUUUGGAUAUAGAACGAGACGAAGUAACGCCUUUCACUGAUUGUCUCGCAAUAUUCAAGAAAACAGCUUCGAAGUACACGGAAAGCAUACAACUUUUCUUCUAUUUGUUACUGGAUCCGUCAUCUAAACAAGCAACUGAUGUGUACUCGUUCAUGUUCAUGUGCGACUUCUUUAAUUUCUUCGUAAUUUUGAUCGGAUACUCCUCGUUUGGAGCCCAACAGGGUGAUGGUGGAGUGUCCUCAUAUUUGGAAGACAAUCGAGUUCCAGCCUUGUUCCUUGUGAUGUUGAUCCUGCAGUUCAUGCUCAUUAUUAUAGACAGGGGCAUUUUCCUGCGCAAGAACAUAAUUGCCAAACUCAUAUUCCAAUAUAUCCAGAUUCUGUUCCUCCACAUCUGGUUGUUCGUGCUGUUCCCCGUGAUGACCGGAACGUAUUUCAAUUCGGUGCUGCCGCCCCAAAUGUACUACAUGGUCAAGUGUUUCUAUCUGCUGUUGUCCGCCUAUCAAAUACGAUGUGGCUACCCGACCAGAAUACUCGGCAACUUCCUCUGCAAAGGCUACAGUUACUUGAACAUGUUCCUGUUCAAGGGAUUCAUGUUUAUACCGUUCCUGUUCGAACUGAGGACCGUGAUGGAUUGGAUGUGGACGGACACUUCGAUGACCGUGUUCGAUUGGAUCAAGAUGGAGGACAUAUUCCAGCACAUUUUCCAAUUGAAGUGCACGAGGCACGUGGAGGACAAGUACCCACAGGAGCGUGGAGAGAGAAAGAAACCACUGGUUAAAUACUUCAUGGGCGGCGCCCUAUUGGCUGCUAUCAUCGGCAUAAUAUGGUUCCCCCUUGUAUUUUUCUCACUCGGCAAUGCUGUAGGAGAACCGAACUUGCCUUACGACGUGACAUUGGAAAUCCGUAUCGGUCCCUACGAGCCGGUCUAUCAGAUGUCCGCUCAGAACAAUUCAUUUAACGAAUUCUCGGAGGCCGACUAUCAGCAGAUGCUUAACGCCUACAGUUCAAACAAGGCGGCCAUCAGCUUUAUAUCGAAUUACCUUCCUUCGGACAUAUCGGCCGUCAGGUUGAACACAGACUCCGCAAAUAUAUGGAGUAUAUCGCCGCCUGAUCGACAAAGAAUGGUCGAAGAAAUCAAGUCUUAUAAACCCCUGACGGUACGGCUGGAGUACAAAAUAUCUCACAGGACAAGUAAACCGGAGGACUCCGGCGUGAUUCCGGAGAGCGUCGAAAUAAUCAUACCUCCGCCUCCCGAAAACGAAACGAGCGUGAUGCGAGAAGACCUGCUGAAAAUGUUGAACGGCAUACCUGCUCCGGCGGUGCCUCUAAACUAUCUACUGCCCAAGUUCGUGAAAGUUACGAACCGAGGUACCGCCAAACCGAUCGGCCAACUCAUGGGCGCCAUACCGGACGAAUCGGCCAGACGAUUCAGGAAUUUAACGUUGAAUCUGUUGCGUUCGAGCGCAGGAGCGGUAACCAGCAGCAAGGAAUGGUGGCAGAUCCACGAAACGUGCCACGACACGAACUACAACCUCUCGCUCUCGAAACUGCCUUACCACGACUGCGGACAGAUCAUCCUCUACACAUUCAACGACAAGAUAUUCCCGUCCACGCUCAACCUCAUCACCGGAGGAGGGAUAAUCGGUCUCUAUACAACUCUAGUUUUCGUAGCGUCUAGGGUCUUGCGUGGCUUCUUCAACGAGCAGUGCUUCAAGAUCAUGUUCGAGGACAUGCCGAACGUCGAUCGCGUCCUCCAAUUGUGUUUCGAUAUUUAUUUAGUACGCGAGGCGCGUGAGUUUACGCUCGAGGAAGAUCUGUUCGCGAAACUUGUGUUCUUGUAUAGAUCUCCGGAGACUAUGAUAAAGUGGACGCGGCCCAAAGAGGAGGUGGAGGACGACGACAAUCCCGAGGGAGAAGGUCAAUAAGUCGUUUUUGGUGGUUUCGUCGUCCUUUUCGUUACUGGAAGUUAUGCAUAUCGUUGUGUCCGUCGUACUUUGUGAUCACUAAUUCAACGAUCAAAUCGUUAAAAGUUACUGAUCAUUAAGACGCUCGACUUAAAUUGGAAUUAAGAAUGAUAAUUGUGAAUGUUAAAAUUUCGCAUUUGCCUGCACUUGAUUAUGAGACAUUUUCUUUUCAGUUUCCUUCAUUUCAUUAUGUUGCAUCUGUUCGUUUAACAUAAAAUUUUGACAAUUUAAAAAUCAGGUUUUGCUAAAUCAUAUCUAGUAUAAUAAAGUGCAAUUAUUAAUAUUUAGAAUGGUUGCAGAGAAAAGUUUGGUGUCUUAGAAAAUGGGAGUGCUUCGUGUAGCUUUAAGUUUAAAACUAUUUAUACUACUAGUCAUUUAUGCAGUAGAUUAUUGUCCACCAGGUGGACUUUUUCUCAGGAAUUUUAAGCUUCCUUCCUUUUUUAUCUAAAAUAUGUUAUUUUCUUUAGCACAUGUCUUCAAAUCGUUUUGAAUUGAAGGAAUGCUGUUCACCAAGUUGAUUUUCUUAAUAAGAAUGUCGAAACUUGAUGAGUUACACCAGGUUGCCCAACGCACCCAUACAUUUUGCACCUUGAAUCACAGCUUUAUCCUAAGCAUAUUUGUUGAAUAUUUGCCUUGUGAUAUGGACUAUAAUUUUGCCUUUCUACAACUUAUUUAUGUGAAUCUAGAUGUGGACGUAUCAAAUAUGUGGACUUUCCUGUUGUACUAUUUUAUAUAAAUGUCCUUUUUGAAUGUAAGUUUAUAUUUUUAAUUUUUUAUAUAUGUGUAAUUUAUGGAGUUUCCGCUGUACAUAAAUAUAGUUUUAUAAAUCA